AUGACUUCCCUCUUCACAGUCAACAACAACGUCUCGCUCGUCAGCAUCACUAUUGCUCCAAGCACGUAUCUUAUCACUGUUGCUCUGCUUCUUCUCUUUGCCAUUAUUUACGUCCCCCGUCUUUUGGCUUGCCGAUUUCCUAAUCUGGGCAUACCCUUGCCAUCGCUGGCUUCAAUACUAAGGCCAAUACUUGGAGACCCAACAGACAGUCAAAGACAGCCAACCAAACCUGAAAAGGCUCUACCGGAGCCGCCAUAUGCCGCCACCGGACUUGUAUUCGAGGAUCAGCAGCAGCUUGUCAUCUCUGGGCAGGAUAUCGUCCUUGCGCAGCGCCGCCAUUACCUCCAACAACAACAAUUAGCUCAACAACAACGUCUUCUCCUCGAGAAGCAAAAACAACUUGAGUUUCAGGAAGACUUCGAUCUCCCACCAAGUCCAUCAAUGCCCCAUCACUCAGCUCACCGCAGCGAAGCAGCAAUGACAGAAGGGGAUCUCGAGGAGUCGGAGACCGCUUCCGCGAGUGGGUACUCACCGCCGGCGUGGCGAAGGCUGGGAAACGGAGACCGGAGUAGUGGCUUCUGGAGAGCUCCUCAGGACUUUAUGCACCGAGGGAUGAGCACUCUCAGAGAGAGCUCCCCUGAACUGGAUGAUAGUGAGGACGAUGGCGUCCUAGAGAGAGCCAUUCGGACUAGGCUGCCCAGAGGGAGCCAGAGUCCAGGUAAAGGCAGGAGUAUGAGCCCUGAGAAAGCGGAUGAUCCCACAAUUCAGUUUCAGCUCCACGAGAAGACAAGUCCUUCAAGAGAGCUGAGCUUACACGAAGUGACGCCAGAUAACUACAUCCGCUUUGCAGUCCGCGCCGAAGUUCAGCAUCGCACUGAACCUAUUGAGACAGCCAUCAACUUCAUUCGUGAUCACUACAAAGCUCUUACUAGGACAUGGUCAACCACUUUCACCACUAUCAUCAUUGCCUUCUUCUCUGUCUCUAUCUUCAAGUCUCUCUUACAGCCCGCUGCCCCACGUCCAGUCGGCGAUCUUGUGAAAGUUGCAGGAUUAGCUCGCUCCUUCGAACCCCUCAUCUAUUACUCUGAGCAUGCUGUCUCUCAAGUACAUGAUCUACAGGCGACCAGUGUUGCUGUCUGGGAUCUUGGCGAGAGUGUGCGUACAAGCGAUAUGCGCGAUGCUCCUAGAAUCGUGGCAGACUUAGAUGCUCUCAGCGAGACCAUGAAGACGUUGGCCAUAGAAAUGACCAAAUUCUUUGCUAGAGUCGAUGGUGAUAUUGAUGGCAUCCUCAACGUCAUGGAUUGGGCCAAAAUGCACCUCAACCGCCUCAAAUCAUCCCCUUCCCCUUCAACUAUCUCCUCAGCCUACGACAACAUUCACAAUCUUCUCUCUGAAGCACAUGUCCUUGAGGAUGCCUCCGGCUCUCCUACCGCCCUUGGUCGCUUGACCAGCCACAUAUUUGGCCUCUCAAAUCCUCAAAGGGAGCAACGCAUGGUGCAGCUCCUCUUCACCGAAUUUCUUUCUGUCCUUGAAGACUCCAUCCAAGCUGAGCUGCAACAUAGCGUCACCCUAUUCGCCCUUUUCGAAGCUGUGGAUCAUCACUUCCUAAAUCUUGCCCGCACUGUUGUUCGCGAAUCGUCUGCCCAGGAAGAACUUCAUGCCGAUAUGCUUUCGAGCCUCUGGACGCGGCUUCUUGGUACAAGAGCGGCUGAAUUACGUAAAUUUGAACAGAAUCGUCUGCUAUUACGUGACGUCCGGGAAAAGACAGUGCGCAAUAAAGGCAUUCUUGUCGAACACAACGGCAAACUUUUGACUUUGAAAGCGUCCCUAGAAACUCUCCGCAGCAAACUCGUCUCGCCUCUUGUUCGCGGCGUCAACUCUACAACACUCACAUUGGAGGAUCAAAUUCGUGGUCUCAGCGAUGUGAGCGAUUACCUCGGUGAUGUCAGGAAACAGCAAAAGGGCAAAGUCAUGGAGACUCUGUUUGGUAGCGUACCCAGCAAAAAGUAUGCAAUCGAAGACAGGCCUGGCACUGUUGUCGUGAAUCCCCUUUAA